CUACAUGAGGCAUGUCAGAAGCCGCGUUAGACGGUGACAUGUGAGGCUAAGAGAAACAAUUCUAAAGGACGUAGCCUAGUUUAAUGAUUGAAUGAAAUACGAUCAUCCUAUUUAAUGAACUAAGAUCGGAAAAUACAUUAUGGACUUAAUUGGUUUGAUUACUGCUGUUUUUUUAGUGUCUUACGCUGAGCUUGUCUGUGGUCAACAAUAUUACGGAAGUCAGGCCCCUCCAGCAAGAACAUAUCCCGCUCAACAGACUCAGAACACAGCAGCAUGGAGACAAUGGUACCAGCAGCAACAGCUACAGCGUCAACAACAGCAGCAGAACGCAGUUGCACAGGCUGCGUAUCAAAAACAGUUAGCAGCUUAUAAUGCAGCUCGUGCAGCUGCAACUCGUCAACAGCCGCAAGUUAUUGCAUCUACAGCUUCUCAAUACAACCCUUACAAUAAAGCUCAGGCAUAUACUAACAAUGUAUAUCAGCCUCCGCAAGGAACUUCACCAUACAAUCAACAGCAAUAUCAACAAUAUUAUCAACAACAAGCCCGACCAGCAGCUCAAGUUCCUAGUCUGGCGCAGGCACCAUAUAACUAUAGAACACAGCCACAAGCGGCUAUGCCUCAACCUCAAGCACUGCAACCUUCCACAGGUGUUGCCUAUAAUCCAGCUCCAAGUGGAUAUAGACCUCCUGCUGCACUUAACUACCAGCCCCCAGUUACGACACCGAUGCCAACAACCACGCCAGUACCCGCUGAGGUGGAGAUCGAAUACGAGGUGCCUACAACAACAACAACUACCGCUCCACGCCCCGCUUUCAACCAAUGGGGGCAAUACAGUAUGUUCAGUUGAA